AGAGUGAGAAAGGCAGCAAACAUUAUUCAUACUAGUAACUACAGUUUUGAAAGACGAAAUACAAGAAAGAAGACAUAAAGGAAGUUUCAUCUUCAACAAGCGAGAAUAGAGUGAGAGAUAUAAUGAAUGGUAAUCCAUUCAAUACGAGUAGCAGGAAUGAGAGUGCCUGUGGCAAUUUGGAGUCAUUUGGUUCAUUUUCAUCGCUUUUGAAGAAUACAACUCCAACAURGAUGGCCGUUUUCUCUACUUUAGUAUCCAUUGGUAUUUUGGGCAACACUUUGGUCGUUAUUUUGAUCCUAAGGAACAAGACUUUGAGAAGAAAUAUUAAUUAUUACAUCCUCAACAUGGCCGCCUCUGAUGGAGCGUUCUUGUUAUUUCUGAUGCUAAGAAAACUGACAGACUUUGGUGUUUUUCGUUUAUAUGAACAACCAGUAAACCCAAUCCUUGGAAACAUCAUCUGCCGGCUCUCAUUCUUCCUCAACUCCUGCCAACACGUCUCUCUAUUAACACUGUUUAUCAUGAGUGUAAACAGGUUUCAUGCUGUCUCAAAGCCUCUUCUCACAACACCAACAACAGCCAAGUUUUGUAUCUUUCUCAUCAUCGUCACAUGGGUCUUGCCAGCGCUGCUUUAUCUCAACCAGCUGGCAUUAGAAGCCUAUAAGUGGGCAGGACCCUUCAUUGGGAUGCUUUGCCCAAGCGUUCUUUCCUUGGAGACUCUAAAUUUCUUCUACUGGAUCCAGAUGGUCUGUCCGAUGUCAAUAUUCAUAGUUAUUUUGGUACUGAAUAUAAACAUUAUUCGUAAACUUAGAAAGUCAAAGAUUGCUGUAUCUCUUCCAACAGCACAGGAACAAAUACGCGGUAGAAGGGUUGCAAAUGCAAUGAAAAUGAUCCUAUGUUCUCUUACUCUCUAUAUCGUUAUGUGGUCUCCGCAUCACAUAGAAAACUUCAUGUUUCAUGUUGUUUCUCCAUCGAUCUACGAACCUGAUUUAGAUUGGUCCCUGUUUAACAUUUUCUACCUUUGUUUGGUCCUUAAUUCCACUCUCAGUCCUUUCAUAUAUUUCGUUUUUAUUAAAGAAUUUAGAAGGGUUUUGAGGAAAACUCUGCCGCACAGGGGGACGAGCGUCAACACAGUUCCAACAUGACUCUAAAUGUUGAUGGCGCACGCGUAUUAGCUGAUACUUGUCUUCGAAGUCAUUGAAAAAUAAACCACAAAAAAAAACAAAAACAAAAACAAAAA